AGGAAAUCUCUCUCUCUCUCUCUCUCUCUCUCUACAUGUAUAUACUAUAUAUACAUAUAUAUAUUGCAAAAGCUAAGCCUUGAUCAUUCACACCACAUUACAUUUCCUUGUAGUUCUGGUAAGGUGACAUGCAAAUGUUUGUACAAUCAAGUUGAUGAACAGACUCCAUUUUCAAGCCUUUGCUUAGUUUGGUUAUAGCUUUUCUUGAGUUCAAAACGAGCGAGAAGUAACAGAGAGAAAGAUAGCAAUGAAGAAUGAAGAGCAAGAACGGACUUUGUUUGGAAUUUCUCUGACUGAUAGGCCAAGAUGGAAACAAUUCUUCAUUUGCUCUUCUGGGUUUUUCUUUGGCUAUCUUGUUAACGGCAUAUGUGAGGAAUAUGUGUACAACAGGCUUCAGUUCAGCUAUGGCUGGUACUUUACAUUUGUUCAAAGCUUUGUAUAUGUUUUCCUGAUUUAUCUCCAAGGCUUUACUCCCAAGCAAAUGGUGAAUCCAUGGAAGACUUAUGUCAAGCUCUCUGCAGUUCUCAUGGGUUCCCAUGGACUCACCAAGGGGUCUCUGGCUUUUCUUAAUUACCCUGCACAGAUCAUGUUUAAAUCCACCAAGGUUCUUCCAGUGAUGGUAAUGGGUGCAUUCAUACCGGGUCUGAGACGCAAAUACCCAGCUCAUGAAUAUGCAUCUGCGCUACUUUUAGUUGCAGGUCUGAUCAUUUUCACUUUAGCAGAUGCAAAAACUUCACCUAAUUUCAGCAUCAUUGGUGUUUUGAUGAUAUCUGGUGCCCUGAUCAUGGAUGCUUUUCUUGGUAACUUGCAAGAAGCUAUCUUUACCUUGAGUCCUGAAACAACACAGAUGGAGAUGUUGUUUUGCUCAAGUGUGGUAGGCUUGCCUUUCUUGAUCCCUCCCAUGGUUUUGACAGGAGAACUGUUCAAAGCAUGGAACUCAUGCUCGCAGGUAAUUGACAUACCAAGCAGUUUUAUUGUUUUUCCCACCUUAACGUAUAGUUCACAAUUCUUUAUCCCGACAAAAACGUACACAUGGGUUGAAACUUUUGCCUGA